ACGAUGCGAAGUACGCUGCUGGCUUCAAAUAUUUUAUUGGUUUUCCGUGUUAACAGUGUAUGACAUUGUCCGUUCGAAAGAUAUAAAAUGGCUUGAUGAACAUACUUCAAAUUGUGUCACAAUGACUCUAUUGCAGAAACACAAUUCAAACUUUCAGAUGUGUCGUGGAUUAGUUUCUGUUAUUUUUCAAUUUAAAAAGAACAAGUUAUUUUUGUUCAUUUUGGGCUUGUGCACUUUCAUUUUAAUUCUUUUAUAUGAAGUUGCGAAACGGGAUAAAACAUUGGCUAUUUUAGGGGAUCACUUGUCUCGGUUCCAAAGCAAAUCUGUUAGGAGACACUUGACAGAGAGUUCAGACAUGGAUCUGGGCGUGUUUGGUGGGGAAGACCAGCUAGUGAUCUACAACCGAGUACCAAAGACAGGAAGUACCUCGUUUGCAGGCAUUGCCUACGAGCUUUGUUACCGCAACAAGUACCAUGUGCUUCAUGUGAACAUCUCGAGAAAUGCUCAUACCAUGUCCAUUCCUGAUCAGAUGCGUUUUAUACAGAAUAUUACAGAAUGGUAUGAGAAAAGACCAGCUAUAUAUCACGGCCAUUUCUACUAUAUCAACUUCCAAAAGCUGGGUUACAAUGACCGCCUUCCAGUGUACAUCAACAUCAUCAGAAAGCCCCUUGAACGCCUUCUGUCCUACUAUUACUUUGUGCGAUAUGGGGACAACUUCCGCCCACACAUUAAACGAAGAAAGAUGGGAAAUGAUAUGACAUUUGAUGAUUGUGUGGAGCAGGGCCAUAAGGACUGUGAUCCUGUCAACCUCUGGCUACAGAUUCCGUUCUUCUGUGGACACUCAUACAGGUGCAGGCAGCCUGGCAGUAGAUGGGCCCUGGAACAAGCAAAGUAUAACCUGAUUAAUAACUAUCUCCUGGUUGGGGUCACUGAAGAGCUAGGGGACUUUAUCGCAAUGUUGGAAGUGAUGCUGCCUCGCUUUUUCAAGGGAGCAAUGGAUCUCUAUAUCAAUGGGGAGAGGUCACAUUUACGGAAAACAAACAAAAAAGAUAACCCUAGCAAGUCUUCCAUAGCAAAAAUUGAGGAAUCAGCAAUAUGGAAAAUGGAACACGAGUUUUAUGAGUUUGCAUUAGAUCAUUUUCGAUUUCAAAAAAGAUUGACGUUCGCUGCAGUGGAUACUUUAGACCCUGAAACUGCUGCAGACUUGCAGAAUCAGCAAAGCUUUUUGCUGUCUGAUGGGCGACUCUAUGUUCCUAAAGGGUUACAGUUUCAUUAUGAAAAAGUUCGUCCAGACAUGCCAGGCUGAUGGAAAGAUUAACGGUUCUUUACAGUGUUAAAGUGACAUGAUCUUCCCAUCUGGAGACAAGUGAUAAUGACUGUGAUGUACAAAAUGCCUGGUGAAGAAGAUAAGUCCAAGUUUGACAUUGACCAAGUACAAGUACUUGUUGAUUGUUUUGACCUGAUAUUUUUCCAUAUUGUAAUGCUGAUAUUCAAUACUCUGCUAGACAGUUGAAAUGCAAGCAUUAUUAUGAAACUGCUGAAUGUUCGAAUUAAGCCUAGUUAUAUCAUUUUUGUUAUUAACAAUUGUUAAACAGCUUUAGUUAUGUUAAUCAAACGAGACAUUUUCAUAAAUAUUUAGAUAUAUGAUACAAUGUUCAAUGCAAUGUGUGUGUGCGUGCGUGCGUGCGUGCGUGCGUGCGUGCGUGCGUGCGUGCGUGCGUGCGUGCGUGCGUGCUUGCAUGUGUGUGUGUGUGCGUGAAGUCUUGGUUGGUGUUCAUAGAACACCUUUAGUCAUUUCUUAUCAUAAGUCAAUUUCCUCAAAUUUUCAUAGUCAAAUUAAAAGAAAAGUACAAGUAGUUCUAACAUAGUAGUUUGUAUAUGCAAUCAAAUUAAUGAAAAUAAUAUACUUCAGAUAUAAAUUAGUUAUAAUGUCAUAAAAUGAAUGAGAUGCUUAAUUGUAAAAAACGAUUUAAUUAAGGAAUGACUUAAGAUGUUUUAUGAAUUUCAGCCCUGAUCUAGUUUAUUUUCAAACUAGAAUAUAAGUAUUUGUAUAUAAAGUCUUCAUACACAAGACUCUUUCAUUUUUAGCUUGUCUGAUUUUCAUGAAAAAAUGUCAAGCAUUGUCAUAGCUUUGAUGUCAGAGGUAUUAUGCUAACAUUUGGCCAUAGUUUACAUCAAACUAUGUUCACUGUUGCAACUGACAAUACGCAUAUCAUCGCAAGGCCCAUAACUCUGCCUUUAAUAAUUGCUGAGUUGUGCCUUUCGACCAACUGAACAUAAACAUUAGACAAACAUUGGCCUCCCCUGUGUGCUAUCAUUUAUAACCAAUUAAGCCCCCGCUUGGGGUGCUCUCGCUGAUAAUCCAUUGGUUCCUGCUUUGGGUGCUCCCAUAAAUUACCCAUUGGGCCCCGCUUAGGGUGCUCUCACUGAUAACCCUAUGGGCCCAACUUGGGGUGCUCUUUUUGUUAUCUAUUUGUCUCAGCUUGUUGUGAUCUCACUGAUUAUCACUUGGUCCCCGCUUAGGGUGCUCUCACUGAUAACCCAUUGGUCCCAACUUGGGGUGCUCUUUUUGUUAUCCAUUUGUCUCAGCUUGUGGUGCUCUCGCUGAUAACCAAUUGGUCCCCGGCUUGGGAUGCUCUCUCUGAUUACCCAUUGGUCCCCUGCUUGGGGUCCUCUCUCUGAUAACCCAUUGGUCCUCGGCUUGGGGUCCUCUCUCUGAUAACACAUUGGUCCUCUGCUUGGGGUGCUCUCAUUGAUAACCCAUUGGUCCCCUGCUUGGCGUCCUCUCUCUGAUAACACAUUGGUCCUCUGCUUGGGGUGCUCUCAUUUAUAACAUAUUGGUCCCCUGCUUGGGGUGUUUUCUCUGAUUACCCAUUGGUCCCCUGCUUGAGGUCCUCUCUUUGAUAACCCAUUGGUUCUCUGCUUGGGGUCCUCUCUCUGAUAAGACAUUGGUCCUCUGCUUGGGGUCCUCUCUCUGAUAACCAGUUGGUCCCCUGCUUGGGGUCCUGUCUCUGAUAACCCAUUGGUCCUCUGCUUGGUGUCCUCUCUAUGAUAACCCAUCAGUCCUCUGCUUUGAGUCUCUCUCUGAUAACACAUUUGUCCCCUGCUUGGGUUCCUCUCUCUGAUAACCCAUUGGUCCUCUGCUUGGGGUCCUCUCUCUGAUAACACAUUGGUCCUCUGCCUGGGGUGCUCUCAUUGAUAACCCAUUGGUCCCCUGCUUGGGGUCCUGUCUCUGAUAACCCAUUGGUCCUCUGCUUGGGGUCCUCUAUCUGAUAACCCAUCAGUCCUUUGCUUUGAGUCUCUCUCUGAUAACACAUUUGUCCCCUGCUUGGGUUCCUCUCUCUGAUAACCCAUUGGUCCUCUGCUUGGGGUCCUCUCUCUGAUAACACAUUGGUCCUCUGCCUGGGGUGCUCUCAUUGAUAACCCAUUGGUCCCCUGCUUGGGGUCCUGUCUCUGAUAACCCAUUGGUCCUCUGCUUGGGGUCCUCUCUCUGAUAACCCAUCGGUCCUCUGCUUUGAGUCUCUCUCUGAUAACACAUUUGUCCCCUGCCUGGGGUCCUCUCUCUGAUAACCCAUUGGUCCUCUGCUUGGGGUCCUCUCUCUGAUAACACAUUGGUCCUCUGCCUGGGGUGCUCUCAUUGAUAACCCAUUGGUCCCCUGCUUGGGGUCCUGUCUCUGAUAACCCAUUGGUCCUCUGCUUGGGGUCCUCUCUCUGAUAACCUAUUGGUUCCCACUUGGGGUGCUUUGUUUGUUAUCCAUUUGUCUCAGCUUGUGUUGCUCUGGCUGAUAACCAAUUGGUCCCCGGCUUGGGGUGCUCUCGCUGAUAACCCAUUGGUUCCCGGCUUGGGGUGCUCUCGCUGAUAACCCAUUGGUCUCAGCUUAGGGUGCUCAUGUUGAUAACCCAUUGGUCUCAGCUUAGGGUGCUCAUGUUGAUAAUCACAUUCCCAAUGUAAUGUUUGAUAAUAGUCAUUCUAGUAUUAAAGUAUUUCCUGAGUCUUUUAAAGGAAAUUUUCUUUACGAGAACCAUGAUUUACUAUUUUAAAUAUAGAUAUAUAUAUAUAUUUAUAUAUAAAUAUAAGUGAGCUUUAGAAAAACAUACGAGUAGUUGUUUGGUUGUCAUAUUGUAUAUAUAUAGGAAACUAAUGCAGUGGGAAUUAUUCAGAUCAGGGAAUUGUCAUGUAGUUGUUUAUAGUGAUUCUAUUUGACUACUGUAUUAUAAUAGACUGUUUUAAGUCUUUAUAAAGCAGUCAGAAUCAGUCAAGACUGUAUUGAAAUUUGAUGACAUAGAGGACAAUUGUUUGUAUGUAAGAUAUUCUGAUCUUACUCUGAAACAAACAAUUAUUCUCUUUAAUAUAUCUAUAUAUUUCACUGUGAGUGGCCAUGAGUGAAUGAACCCAUAUUUGCUUUUGGUCUUGAUGGGCUGAAAUAUAUUGCAAUCUUGCAUUGAAACAAACAAUUUUAUUGUAUGUACAUGCUUAAAACUUUUAAAAAAUUACAAUAAAUUGAUAUUUAAUUGAAAAAUCAUGUCAAAAUUUAGCCAAAUGAUGUCAUACCAGUAGUUUUGUUGUUGAUUUUCUUUCAAGCACUGUGUUUAUUUACUUUUUCAUUUUUCAGGGGCUAAGAAAGAUAGAAAGGGAAAUUAUAUUUUUAUGUACUCAGUGUUUCAAUUAUGACUUUAUCAGGAUAUAAUUCUCUGGAUUUUUUCCAAUAAACCACUGAAAUGCAUGAAAUCAAUACUUGAUAUUUUUCUAGUACAUUAUUUUUCAAAAAUGGUCCACGUAAUAUGAAUAAAAUAGUGCAUUAUUUGUGUUGUGUAAUUACAUGGACAUUACCAAAUUUUCCUUUGGAUAAUUUAGGAUUAAUAGGAUAAAUAAUAUGCAGAGGAAAAUUAUUGAGAAGAAAUGGGUAAAAUCUCUUAAUACUUUGGUAUGUUUAUUACACUGUGUAACACAGGAAAAAACGAAACUGAAACGAUUUAUUUAAUGUCAUAAAUUUGAUCUAGUAGAUAGGUAAAUGAGGAAAUAGUUUUAGUCAUUUUCUGAAAAUUCUAACUGCAAACUAUAUAUCGUAUCGUUAUUAUUAAUAUAAACUGUUGCAGAUAAAGUUCUAAAGUUUUAUGUUUAUAAUUUGAUGUAGUGUUUUGUUGAGGUCAUGCACCGAGAAAAACAGGCAUAUCAUUCUUAAGUAUUAUGAUUUAUUUUCAAACGAAAUUAAAUCAAGUAUAAUUUGAAUACAAUGUAUUACCUCAUAACAAGAAACUAAUUGUCACUUUUCUCGACAGAACAUGUAUAUAUUACUUUUGUAUAUUUUGUAAAAAUUGUUAAGAUCUGUAACGAUGCUUGUACCAUGUAAAGGAUAGGGCUUUGAAGCAAGGGUAAAUAUAGAAGGUCAAAGAAUAACAUCUUUGUGUAAAAUAUCACAGACAUAUUAUUAACAAUCUAUAACAAUAUGCUCAUGUACUUUUUCAACUGUUGAGUUUAAAAAAAGCAAAAAUAGCUAAAUGAAUGAGACAAAAACACUUUGCAGGUUUCAUAGCAAUACUCAAUAGUCAUAACAGUGGUGUUCUGCCAGUGACUGUUGUCAAUGAAAUAUAUAGAUUUAUAGUGUAAUGAAAUAGUUUAUUUUGUGAAUCACAUGUCAAUGAUUGUAUGCUUUUCUGUGUAGUCGUUUGUUACCUCGACUAUUCAAAGAACAAGAAGGGCUCUCUACUCGCGUCUGUGUAGCAUUGGCGUCUGUGUCUUGAAUGACUUAAUCGGUCAAGGUUGUAGAGCAAGUUAUUAUUUUUAGUCUUAUCUCAAAGAAUGUUCAUUCAAUUGACUUGAUACUUCACACUGUUGUUCAGGGGCAUGAGACAUUUAAGUGAAAUGGCUCUAUUUGAUCCUAAAUAUAAAUUAUGGCCCCUGAUUGACUUAGAAAAAUGGUGUAUCUUUAAAGGGACUGUACACCAGAUUGACACCAAAAAAAGUGUUUUUCUGUAACAAAUCUCAGGACAUUUAUUUAAUAAAAUGUUUUACUCUUUGAUAUCAUAAUUGUAAAAAAAAAAUUACCAAAAUUUAAAAAAAAAAGAAGUCGGAGGCCGGGUUCAAACUAGUGUCACCAAAAUUGCAGUCCAGUGUUGCAUCCACUGUGCUAUGAAGGCUUACUUAAAUGGUUGGAAUAUUUAAGCUAUAUACCUAACUUGGUAAUAUCACAUGAUAACAUCGACUAGCCAAUCACAUAUAAGGAACGAAUCUUAGGUAGACAUACCUAGUAGUCUUUUUAAUGGAAAAAUACAAAAAAGUUCGAAAAAUGAAUUGAUUGUAAACUAUGUGGUACUUCAGUUAGUAAGUUUCAAUGCAUUGUACACUUCGAUACCAAGUUUAUUUUUUUUUAGCUUUUUCAUCAUACGGAGUACAGCCCCUUUAAGGCAUAUUCUUUUUUUAUACUACCUCAAAAACUGUUCAUUCAAUUGACUUGAUACCUCACACAAAUAUCCAGUUCCAUCAAACACUUAGUUAAACAACAACAAAGUUAGACAACUCAGUAUGAUCCUAAAUACAAAUUAUUACCCCUGAUUGACUUAAAAAGUUUGGUGAAUUAUCGGCAUGUUGGGGCUUUGAAUCAUAUCUCAUAUCAUAUCUGGUUUAUGCUAUUUACAUUACAGCGAACCUUAGUGUUCAAGGCCGCAAGACAUUUACGUUAGUUACUUCAGUAUGACCCUAGAAACAAGUCAUAGUCGAGCACGCUGUCUUAUGAUACUGUUACUUCCAUGCCUGUCAUUGUAUGUAUUUCUAAUGAGGUAUUUCGCACGAUACGCAGACAUCCAUGUCUGUCAUUGUUUGCUUUUCUGUUAAGUCAUUUCUUAUUUUACUGUAGCUUCUCAUUAUUUUGCCAAAGCUUCCCAAAAAUAUUUACUUAAUAACUUACUUUACUCAUUAUUUCUUAAGUUAUAACUCAAUAACUUACUCAGCACAUUUUACCUCAAGGUAUUACUUGAUAUCUAACUCAGCUAAUUUUAGCAUAGUACUCAUUAGCAUGGUAUGAAAUCUUAUUAUUUUUUUUCUGCUGGAAUUGCAUUUUCCUACAACUAAUGUCGAUAUAAACAAAUUGUACAAUACUUUUGAUAAAAAAUAUUAUAGAGCAAGAAAUUUAAUUAAGUAAUUACUGACAAAUUUCAAGUUAAACUCAACUGUUUAUUGGAUAUUUUAUUGCUUUAUUUAGAUAGUGCACAGCUAGUACACACAUUUUGGCUAAACAAAUAUUAAGAAAUUAAUCAUAAUAUGUAAAGAGUUUCUUAAACAUAACUGAAAGAAAUUAAAAUAGUGGGAAUUGAGUAAAUACUUAGGAAUCAAGACUUUAUUAAGACCCUCCAUGACUUUCACAUAUCUUUUUAACUGCCACAUUGCUAUUGGACUUUCACAUUUCUAUUUUUCACAUUUCUAUUGAACUUUCACAUUGCUAUUGAACUUCCACAUUGCUAUUUAACUUUGAUAUUGCUGUCAAACUUUCAUAUUGCCAUUCAAAUUUCACAUUGCUAUUCAACUUUCAUAUUGCCAUUCAAAUUUCACAUUGCUAUUCAACUUUCUCAUUUCUAUUGAACUUUCACAUUGCUAUUGAACUGUUCCAUUUUUCAACUUAAAAUUUGAGAGAGAAAAAAAUGUCAUGAUGAUAACUUAUGUACAAAAGUUUUAAAUAAUUGUGUAACAUGUGUUUUACACUAUAUAAUUCAGAUCAAGUUCUGCUUUGAUUUCAAUCCACUCAAUCAUUUGACAGGGUUAUGCCCCUUUUAAUUAGUUUUUGGUACAUAGGUUUGGAACAUGGGUUUAACACCAUAUGGUAAUAUGUUCAUGUGAUUAUUUCCAAAUGAAAAAAAGUUUACCGUUCUUUUGUCAGAAUGCAUUUCGGGGUAUUCAUAAUUCCUGUGACAACUCUAGUUUUUUAAUGUUUGAAUCAUGUUGUCGAAAAUACCUUUAAACUUAAGUCAAUGGAAUAAACAGUGCAAAAAUGCACCAAAAUGUAACAAUACUGAAAUGGAAAAUAAUGCAAUUUAUUCAGAAUAUUAUUUUGACAUUUCGAGUCUGACAGUGUAAUAUUUAAAUCUGUAGCUUUUAGAAGAUAUUUUUGAUACAGUAAAGGAUUGUAUACUUCACAUUGAAGGACUAAAGUCUUUGACAGUAAACAAUUUCAGGCCCUUGUAUGUAUAAGUUGAUCUUAUGAAAGACUGACAGGAUUUUGAUUUUAAACAUAUCGAUGUCAAAUAGAAUAGAUACAUUUUACAUGCAUGUUAUUGCUUUUUGUUCCACAUUUGUGUUUUAAUUGCAUUUAACAUGUUACUAUGUAGUUUAUACAUCCUCAUGUUUACCUAAAGUAACAGUGUAAGUACGUGAAAUAAAGUUCGCAAUAUA